UACGCGGCCGAACGGUUCAAUGACUCUGGCGGCCAGUUUCUAUUUUCUCUCUGGUCCUGUCGUCGGGUCGGCCCGCUCGCGAGGAAGGGGGUCUUUGUUUGCGUUUUGCGUUCGCGUUGUACGGUAAUAUCGCGACCGCGGCACCCGAAUAUUGCCACCGAGACGGAAUGUACCCUGAGUGGAAACGCGGGUCUCGCUCCUCCCGGUCGAUGUGAAAUGUGCAGUGUGUCAGAGUGGCGCCAAGUGCGAGUGCAGUGAGGUGCAGUGUGCGCGAGGGUGAUCGCGCGUGGGUCGGCACGACCACGGCGAGCGAGCGCGGAGCUGGCGGCGGGCGCGCGGCCAUGACCGGCGACAUGCCGCUGGGGAGCGCGCACGCUUUCGGGCGCGCGCUGCUCCGGGAUGGGGCGCUGCCGCCGCUGGAGCCCGGCGCGCCGCCGCCCGCCGCACAGCAGCCGCCCGACAAGCGCCCGCCGGCCGCCGCCGCCAGCCCCGAGCAGGUCAUGAAGCUCUACAUGAACAAACUCACGCCAUAUGAGCACAGGGAGAUAUUCGAUUACCCCCAGGUGUACUUCAUCGGCGCUAACGCCAAGAAGCGGCCGGGGCUGGUCGGCUUCCCGAACAACUGCGAGUAUGACAACGAGCAGGGUUCGUACAUCCACAUCCCGCACGACCACAUCGCGUACAGAUACGAGGUGCUCAAGGUGAUAGGGAAGGGAAGCUUCGGGCAGGUGGUGAAGGCAUACGACCACAAGAAACGCGAGAACGUCGCGCUCAAGAUGGUCAGGAACGAGAAAAGGUUCCACCGCCAGGCGCAGGAGGAGAUCCGUAUCCUGGAGCACCUCCGCGAACAAGACAAAGACAACACGAUGAACGUCAUACACAUGUUCGACUCGUUCACAUUCAGAAACCACACGUGCAUCACUUUCGAGUUGCUUUCGAUCAACUUGUACGAGCUGAUAAAGAAGAACAAGUUCCAAGGGUUCUCUCUGCAGCUCGUGAGGAAGUUCUCGCAUAGUCUGCUGCAGUGCUUGCACGCGCUUAACAAGAAUAGGAUCAUACACUGCGACAUGAAGCCAGAGAACGUGCUAUUGAAGCAACAGGGACGCUCCGGGAUCAAGGUGAUAGACUUCGGCAGCUCUUGCUACGAACACCAACGCGUGUACACGUACAUCCAGUCUCGAUUCUACAGAGCACCAGAGGUGAUGAUGGGAGCUCGGUACGGGAUGCCCAUCGACAUGUGGUCACUCGGAUGCAUACUGGCGGAGCUGCUUACAGGGUUCCCACUCCUCCCGGGAGAAGACGAGGCGGACCAGAUGGCAUGCAUCGUGGAGCUGCUCGGCAUGCCGCCACAGAAGCUCAUCGAGCAAGGGAAACGGUCCAAGAACUUCAUAAGUAGCAAAGGUCUGCCGCGGUACUGCACCGCCACCACAUUAGCUGACGGCACUACCGUGCUUAGCGGAGGUAUGUCGAGAAGAGGCAAGCCGCGCGGCCCUCCCGGCUCCAAGAGCUUCGUCACCGCCCUCAAGGGUUGCCAGGACAAAUUCUUCAUUGAUUUCAUUAGACGGUGCCUAGAAUGGGACCCAGAGAAGCGUCUCACCCCCGCACAAGCCCUGCGUCACGCGUGGCUGCGCAGGCGCCUGCCGCGGCCGCCGCACGACGAGGACGCGCCGCCGCCCACGCACGUUAGUAUAGCACACCACAAACGACAGGCGGUGCCUAAGUGCACUGACAAAUAGACGGGUAGCGGCGGCGGCGGCGGGUCCCAGCUGGCGGGGUCGGGCGGGCGCGGCGGCUCGCUGCGCACGCCACUCGCACGCACGCCUGUCACCUUCAAUGCCUCGCAAGUCGCCAAAGCGAAACUACAAGCAGCACUAUCAGAGGACGCGGGGAUAGCGGGAACAGCCGCGGGGUCAGCUGGCUGCGGCGCCGGCGCGCGUUACUGGGCGGGGGGGAGCGUAG